AUGUCUCCCUCAGCCGUUGAGACCCCUGCGUCCGUUGGCGCCGUCAAGCCAUCCAAGGCCAACAUUGGUGUUUUCACCAACCCCGCACACGAUCUCUGGAUCAACGAUGCCGAGCCCAAGUUGGAAGCUGUGCAGGCCGGAGAGGGACUGCAGCAGGGCGAGGUCACCAUUGCCAUCCGCAGCACCGGCAUUUGCGGGUCCGAUGUUCACUUCUGGAAGCACGGAUGCAUCGGACCCAUGAUUGUCGAUGGCGACCACAUUCUCGGCCAUGAGUCGGCCGGUGAGAUUAUCGCCGUCCACCCCAGCGUCACCCACCUCAAGCCCGGCGACCGAGUUGCCGUCGAGCCGAACGUCAUCUGCAACGAAUGCGAGCCCUGCUUGACUGGUCGCUACAACGGUUGCGAGAAGGUGCAGUUCCUGUCCACCCCGCCGGUGCCGGGCCUUCUGCGGCGAUACGUCAACCACCCGGCCGUAUGGUGCCACAAGAUUGGUAACAUGUCGUAUGAGGACGGUGCGAUGCUGGAGCCGCUGAGCGUCGCCCUCGCCGGUAUGCAGCGUGCCGGUGUUCGUCUUGGCGAUCCGGUCCUCGUCUGCGGUGCGGGACCCAUCGGUCUGAUCACUCUUCUCUGCGCCAAGGCGGCCGGUGCGUGCCCGCUGGUUGUCACCGACAUCGAUGACGGCCGUCUGGCUUUCGCCAAGGAGCUGGUGCCGUCGGCCAUCACCCAUAAGGUCGGGCGCGGCACGGCCGAGGAGGAGGCCAAGCGCAUUGUCGAGUCCUUCGGGGGCAUUGAGCCGGCCGUGGCCAUGGAGUGCACGGGUGUGGAGAGCAGUAUCGCGUCGGCCAUCUGGGCGUGCAAGUUUGGUGGAAAGGUCUUCAUCAUCGGCGUCGGCCGUAACGAGAUCAACAUCCCCUUCAUGCGUGCCAGCGUUCGCGAGGUCGACAUCCAGCUGCAGUACCGCUACUGCAACACGUGGCCUCGUGCCAUUCGUCUUGUUGAGAGCGGCGUGAUCAACCUCAAAAAGCUGGUGACGCACAAGUUCAAGUUGGAGAACGCCCUCGACGCUUUCGAGGCAGCCAGAGACCCCAAGACGGGAGCCAUCAAGGUUAUGAUCCAGAGCUUGGACUAA